AUGGGCCCCACGGCCGACGUCGACCGCAUACACCGGGUGCUCGGCGGCGAGCGCUGGGAGUGCUCGAGGGUGUCGACCCUCCCGGCUCUCCGCGUGGAGGUGCGGGGCCUGGAGGGGAGCAUCCUGCUCGGCAUCUCCGGCGAGGAGUACACCCAGUACGACAUUUUGGCGUCUUCUACGCAUCGGCUGCUCCAGCACGUUCAGCCCGCACGGACUGGACGCAGGCGACUUCGACGACCUCUGGGUUAUCGGCCAGCCGCUACUGCGAAGGUGCAGUGGAGGCCAAACCCGAGGUACGUGUCCGCGUACGACAUUGCUGGGCAGCGCGUGGGCUUCGCCCCCGCGCCACGUCCGUGA